CCUUCGGCAUGUGAAUACAUGGAAGCGAGGCUUCGAUGUGUGAUUCUUCAUUUCGAAAAUGCCGAGCAAAAAAAACAAGAAUCAGCCUAGAAAUGCCUUCUAUUUUUACAUGGUUUCUCUACGUCCACAGUUGGAGAGACAAGGAGUUGUUCUCGAGAAUGGCAUGCAGACUUUGUCGGAGUUAGCAGGCCCUCGAUGGAAGGAAUUACCAGAACAUGAAAAAGAGAUCUACCAGGAAAUGGCCAGACAGGCCAAGAACAACCGCAAACAUGGUGCUCUUCGCAAUGAUCGUAUGGACUGCACAGGGGAGCUCAUAUCGAGAAGAGUUGACACGAUAAGUUUAAAUGAAAACAAAAGACGGAAAGAGAGAGAGGAGGUGCGGCACAUUUGGCCCCCUGGAAAAUUGGUGGCAGAUGAGAGAUUCUACAUGAUUGGCUUUAUGUCACUCCUUCCUGAACACGACGAUGAGCUACCUGUGGAAGUGGGUGUGGCAGAAUUCACUUUGAAUGGAGGGAUAACGCGUACCCUACACAGGUUUAUCAGACCAGGUGAAAUUCCUCUUGGGUUCCGCUAUGAAGCAAUGAGCAACAGUGAAAAGUCUCAUAAGAUUCCUGUUAAUGGUCUUGCAAAGAAGGAGGACAACUACCGAAGGAUCUUAUUGGACAUUCUCAAGUUUGUCAACCCUGAGGGGGCGCCCGUUUUCCCUCCAGUCUACAGUCGGGCUUCUGAAACAAAGCAAACAGAUUCUUGCUUGGAUUGGCUUGCAAGGCAUGCUGAAAUGCCCAACAAGCUGCGCAAGGUGUAUGAACUUGAAGGACUCAUCUGCGACUUGUUUUCACAUGUUGACCAGAGGAGCGAGUACUCUGGCAUCUCUAAGGCACAAGCAUCCGACCUGCUCUCUUCCACAGUGUUUGAUUUUGAGCCUGGAGCAAGGUGUGACUGGCAUGAGCAGCAGGAGGUCAAGUUCUGUGCCUUGGGAACAGCCAAGAGAUAUUGUUACUGCAUGGCUGAUUUUCUCUGCCCAAAAUAUGAGAUAACCCUCACACCAUCACAUGUACCUGAAAGACCAGAGGGAACAUUCUGCACCACACUGAAUGAACCAGGUUUAGCCCCAAUGACAUUGAGAGCACCGCCUGGACGCGGCAGCACUACCACAAGCAAUGACCCAUUCCCAAGCCGUGAUUAUCGGUACAAGGGGAUGACACCCUCUUCUGUAGCUAGUAGUGAUGCAGGUGGUGAUGAUGACGAAGAAUCAAGUCAAUACCACCGCAGUGGACCAACAUAUGAUAUGCGCAGCCUUCAGAACGACCCAAUCCCCGACCAGCAACAGAGGCUUUUACAACAACAGCGACAGCAGCAACAGCAACAAUUUGCACAGGGCUCUAACGCUUUUCGACCUCUUGGGCGUGGUAGGGGAAGGGGUGCUCCUAUGGGUCAGCCACUCCGCAGACCUAUGGCCCCAGGAAGGGUGCCCUCAGCUGGAAGAGGCGCUCGUGUUGAUGGUUCAUGGGGAAAUACUGCUCCGACUGAAACCACUACAGAAACAGUUGCAGAGUGGGCAAGGGUAGGGCGAGGAUCAGCCCGACAGCCAGAUACAAGACCAAAAGUGUAUGCUGGGGCAGCCACCGCUCCCCACCCGUCUUUUGCCCCGCCUCCACCCAUUGCCUGGCAGAGAGACCAGUAUAACCCCAGUUACCAGCAAGACCAGGACUUCCCACCCCUUCGAGUUGCUAGUGGAGGAUAUCCAGGGAAUACGGGCAGUUACAGUAAUCGUCCAGGAAAUGUAGAGGACAUGGACGGUUAUAAUGAAGUAGCAGCAAGUAUGGCUAGGAUGAAAAUGGGGAACAAUUAUUAGAAGACAUUUUACUCUAUUGAACAGAAGUUUGUUUUAGAAUCUGCAGACAAAACGAAGAAAAAAUACCAAAAAAAUAGGAUGACCUCUACGUUGGGAUCUGAAAACACGAUGUUAAAUACGAUAUUUAGGAAAUAAAUUGAGAGAAAAAGAACAAAAAAAUAGGGUGCCUAAAUAUGUUGGAGCCUGAAAGCAAAGUUUUAUAAUCAGACGUCUUAUAAACUGACUUCUGUUUAAUCACAAUAUGCAUUUGAUUCUUAUAAAAUUUCAAAUCAUCCAAACUUGUAUGUAUAUUAGAAAAGUGGAGGCAAGCCUCUGCCCUUCACAAAACACUCCCACAAUUUUACUCCACUGCAUUAUUGUCUGGUGAUGAAGCUCUAUCAUGCUCGAGAGUCCAGUCGUUGACAGCUGGGUCCCCGAUCAUGAAUUCAGCUGUCUAAUGUAGUUGCAUAUGAUCCACUCGUUAUUAUUCAUAUUUUUUUUUCAGAAUGCAUUAAAGCUAUUUAUCAAAUGUU